GGUUCUUCCGGGGUCGCGAUCACGGGUCACGAAGGUGGGUCAGCCUGAAAAUGGCGGCUUCUGCGGUGAGAGGCGCUCUGGCGCUGCGUACUGGCAUGGGCCGGCACGUUGCUUUUGUCAGAAGAAUUCCCUGGACCGCUAACGCAAUUGAGCUGAGAGAACAUUUUGCACAAUUUGGUCAUGUAAGAAAAUGCUCUCUACCUUUUGACAAAGACACUGGCUUCCACAGAGGUAUGGGCUGGAUUCAGUUUUCUUCAGAAGAAGAACUUCAUAAUGCACUACAACAGGAAAAUCAUGUUAUUGAUGGAGUAAAGCUCCAUGUUCAAGCCCAAAGACCAAAAGUUUUGCAAGGGGAUCAAACAUCUGAUGAAGAGAAAGAUUUUUGAGACUAUUAGCUGGCUAUUAAAUAAACAAAAUGGAAAUUUU